UUGUCAGUGAACAAAAUGGCGUCUUACUGUUUGACUGUCACUAGGCUGCGGCUGGCCCUCGGAACCGGAGCAAGGCGAUUUCAUGUCUCCGCAGCAUUCAGCGCCAAGGCCAAGGUGGCCAUGAGCCGCUUUGAGCCCGGCUCCAGCAUUAACUAUGAGAAGAUGCACGAGAACAUCAACAUUGUACGCAGGAGGCUUGGCAGGCCUCUGACUCUGUCAGAGAAGAUUGUGUACGGCCACCUGGAUGACCCAGUGGGGCAGGAGAUUGAUCGCGGCCGCACCUAUCUGCGACUGCGUCCAGACCGCGUGGCCAUGCAGGAUGCUACUGCUCAGAUGGCAAUGCUUCAGUUCAUCAGCAGUGGUCUGCUGAAGGUGGCGGUCCCCUCCACCAUCCACUGUGAUCACCUGAUUGAGGCUCAGAUCGGAGGGGCUCAGGACCUGCAGAGGGCUAAGGAAAUAAAUGAGGAAGUGUACAACUUUCUUUCAACUGCUGCUGCAAAAUAUGGAGUUGGCUUCUGGAAACCCGGAUCAGGGAUCAUCCAUCAGAUCAUCCUGGAGAAUUAUGCCUAUCCUGGAGUGAUGCUGAUUGGUACAGACUCCCACACUCCCAAUGGCGGUGGCCUGGGUUCCGUUUGCAUUGGAGUGGGUGGAGCUGAUGCCGUGGACGUCAUGGCUGGGAUCCCUUGGGAGCUCAAAUGUCCUAAAGUGAUUGGAGUGAAGCUGACAGGAACCUUGUCUGGCUGGACCUCUCCGAAGGAUGUCAUUCUGAAGGUGGCUGGCAUCCUGACUGUGAAGGGCGGCACUGGAGCCAUUGUGGAGUAUCACGGCCCUGGAGUUGACUCCAUCUCCUGCACUGGAAUGGCCACCAUCUGUAACAUGGGUGCGGAGAUUGGAGCCACUACAUCUCUGUUCCCCUACAACCACCGCAUGAGGACGUAUCUGAAGAAGACGGGCCGUGAAGAGAUUGCCUCUUUGACUGAUCAGUUCAAAGAUGACUUGGUCCCAGAUAAUGGCUGUGAAUACGACCAGGUCAUUGAGAUUAACCUGAGCGAGCUGAAGCCCCACAUUAACGGGCCGUUCACCCCUGACCUGGCCCAUCCUGUGUCUGAUAUUGGGGCUAUAGCUCAGAAGAGCGGCUGGCCCUUGGAGGUUAAAGUUGGUCUGAUCGGCAGCUGUACCAACUCGAGCUACGAGGACAUGGGCAGAGCAGCUUCUCUGGCUAAGCAGGCUCUGGAUAAAGGUCUGAAGUGCAAGGCCCAGUUCACAGUCACCCCUGGAUCUGAACAGAUCCGCGCCACUAUUGAGAGGGAUGGAUAUGCCAAGAUCCUGAGUGAUGUUGGUGGAAUUGUACUAGCCAAUGCUUGUGGGCCCUGCAUCGGCCAGUGGGACAGGAAGGAUGUGAAAAAAGGAGAGAAGAAUACAAUUGUCACAUCCUUCAACAGAAACUUCACUGCCAGGAAUGAUGCUAACCCAGCUACUCAUGCUUUUGUCACCUCUCCUGAGAUUGUCACUGCCAUGGCCAUCGCUGGGACCCUCAACUUCAACCCAGAGACUGACUACCUGACUGCUCCCAAUGGAGAGAAGUUCAAGCUGGAACCCCCCACCGGUGACGAGCUGCCAGCCAGAGACUUUGACCCAGGCCAGGACACCUACCAGCACCCCCCGGCAGAGGGCAGCUCAGUCAAGGUGGACGUGAGCCCCUCCAGCAACCGUUUGCAGCUGCUGGAGCCCUUCGACAAGUGGCAUGGAAAAGACCUGGAGGACAUGAGGGUCCUCAUCAAGGUUAAGGGAAAGUGCACCACUGACCACAUCAGUGCUGCCGGGCCCUGGCUGAAGUUCCGCGGCCACCUGGACAACAUCUCCAACAAUCUGCUGAUUGGUGCAGUCAACAUCGAGAAUGAUGCCGUCAACAAGAUCAAGAACCAGCUGACAGGAGAAUACGGAGGUGUGCCCGAUGUUGCCCGCCACUACAAGGCCAAAGGAGAGAGCUGGGUGGUGGUUGGAGACGAGAACUAUGGAGAGGGGUCCAGCAGAGAGCAUGCUGCGUUGGAGCCACGACACCUUGGAGGGCGCGCCAUCAUCGUCAAGAGCUUUGCCAGAAUCCAUGAGACUAACCUGAAGAAGCAGGGCCUGCUCCCUCUGACCUUUGACGACCCCAGCGACUAUGACAGAAUUCGCCCUGAUGACAAAAUCUCAAUCGUUGGGCUGAAAUCCUUUGUUCCCGGCAAGCCCCUGACAGCAGUGAUCAAGCACAGCGACGGCAGCCAGGAGUCGUUCUCUGUCAACCACACCUUCAAUGAGACGCAGAUCGAGUGGUUCCAGGCUGGCUCCGCCCUCAACAGAAUGAAGGAGCUCCAGUAAUUGGUGGGAGAGGAGAGAUGUGGGGCCUGUAGGGGCCGCUGAGGGGCCUUUGAGUGGGUUACAAGGGAGAAAGAUGUGGGCCUAGAGAGGGGCUUAGCAAAGAGGAAGAGACGAUGUGAACAGAUAAUGUUGGUUCAGAGACACCUGUUUAUGCUCAGUGAAAGAAAGAACACACACAAAUACCCGCUCACACACGCACACACACACAUGCACACACAAGGUCGCUGUUAAGAUGAAAAGCGCACACACACAUAAGCACGAGCACAUACACGCAUGAACAGGAUUACUGUGAAAGCUAUCCCCAGGCAGCCAGAAAUAUCGUACACAAACACAGUCAAACAAGCACACAUAAGCGCAGCUUUGCAGCGUAUGUCCCUGCUAUAGGCAGAACCGUUCGUACUGGCAGCACUCCUCAGUUUCAAAUCAGAUUUGUCAAGCUUGGCCGUUCAUUGAGUGUAACCCUGUAGCAUUCAGCUGACCGUUUCAUGCACAGACGGCCAUCUUUCUCCACUGAAUGUGGCGACAUUAUCACUGUUCACUCUUCAAUCACUGUUUUUCUCUAAAGCGGAAGUUUUUUGGUAAGUCUUUCCAAGCUCCCGCCUACAGAAACAGGCUUGUCGGAAGCAUUAAUUAUUGUCCACCACACUGUAUGCCAUCUUGAAUGACUGUAUCUAGCAGGAUACAAACCUAAUUCAGACCCUAAAAAAUUAGAUACAGAGACAAAUUCACAGCUUCCUGCUUUAAUAUCAUUAACUGCAAAAUCCACCCCAAGACCACUCCAUUACACCUCCUCUUUAAUGUACGUCUCAGUAGUUUCCAUCCAAACAGCUCAAUAAGCUGACUGAGUUCAACUCAUAUGAAUGUACUUUUCCUUUCCAUUAUGUUCAGACUUUUCACCUGAAGAACAUCUUUUCUACACGUUCUCUAUAAUCAUGAUUCACCAAAUGGGGCCAGUUGUCCCCCAUUGAACUGGGCUGCUGGAUUUGCUGCUUUCUGACGACAUUAUAGACUUGAACCCGUUGUAGAUUGGAGCCACACUGUAAACGAACUACCACGCUCACUUAUUUACUGUAAACAGUAUCCCAUCAGCCCCUGCACUGUCAUGGUACAACUGCAGCCCACCCUGUUGUCACUCAGCCUGAGAUCUUGUCUUUUCAUGCUGUUGUUGUUGAACAUUUAGAGCUGACCCAGUUGGUGGUUCACUCCGGCACAUUUCAGCCAUGACGUGAAUCUGUGUUCACUCCCUCCUGCUCUUCCAAUGCCUUCUUGCCUGCUCUCUGUUUUUUUGCACGAUAUAAAACCCCAUUGUAAGAAAACUGUCCUGAGUGGUUGUCCGUCACUGACGGGACAACAUGCCGUAACACAUACUGCCAUUGUGUUAGCGCUAGCCUUGCCAUUUUUUCCUUUCCAUCUGUGUUUUGUCCUGUGUGUGCGUAUGUGCGUGUGUGAUGCAUGACUGUUUUUAUCAAGUUAACAUCAGUCUGAGUUGGGAUCUGUCUGUCCCUCUUUGCUCAUCCUCUCUCUCUUUUUGCUCUCACCAGGCUGGUUCAAGCAGUCCAAACCACAACCUGAUAUGGAAAGUUUAUGGAAAUAGACUGUAAU